AUGCUACCUCCCAUUCCAGUAUUGUCCGACUAUGGAAUCUCUCCAGCUCGAGGCUUCCUACCAGGAGGUCUACCGUUGACGAGGCUUCCGGAUCCAUACUACAACAAGUGGGAGGCCGUCACGGCCAACCUGCAGGCUCUGAUCCUCAGCGGGCGUCUUCGAGGCGUCAUUGAUCGCCUCCCCGUGCUCUCCACCACCGGUCUGGAACACGACGCGGAAUGGCGGAGGGCUUACAGUCUGCUGAUCUUCAUGGCGCACGGCUACAUCUGGGGUGGUGACAGCCCCAGCGAGCGUCUGCCGCCUGCCAUCUCGGUUCCCCUGCUAGCCGUCGCAGAGCACCUCGAGGUCCCGCCUGUCGCGACCUAUGCUGGGCUCUGUCUGUGGAACUUCAAGCCCCUGUUUGUGGAUGAGGACAUCGACGACCUUGACAACCUCGCCACCCUCAACACUUUCACCGGCUCCUCGGACGAGUCGUGGUUCUACCUCGUCUCUGUCGCCAUCGAGGCUCGCGGCGCACCCAUCAUGCCGCUCAUGCUGACGGCCAUUGCUGCUGCGCGCGAGGGCGACACUGCUACUGUCACCCGCUGCCUGCACACCUUUGCUGAGCGUCUGGAUGAUCUGGGCACUCUCCUCCACCGCAUGAACGAGCACUGCCACCCGACCAUCUUCUAUGACCGCAUCCGACCCUUCUUGGCCGGCAGCAAGAACAUGGCUGAGGCGGGUCUCCCCAAUGGGGUUCUCUAUGAGGUGAAUGACAGCGGCCGCGGCGAGUACCGGCAGUACAGCGGCGGUAGCAAUGCGCAGAGCUCCAUCAUCCAGUUCUUCGACCUGGUGCUGGGCGUCGAGCACCGACCGACUGGUCUGAGAACUGCUGCUGCUGCUGAUAGCUCUGCCUCAGAGUCCGACAGCAGCCGUGGUAGGGCUCCUGCCCCCCGGCACAACUUCAUCAUGGAGAUGCGCAAGUACAUGCCGGGCCCACACGCACGCUUCCUCAACGAUGUCGCCUCCGUCGCCAACAUCCGUGGCUUUGUCGAGCAGCAAGGGCCUCACGACCAAGGGCUACGCGUCGCCUACGACGCCUGCCUGGCAAUGCUGAGCAAGCUGCGCGAUCGCCAUAUCGCCAUAGUCACACGCUACAUUGUCACGCCUUCCAAGGCAGAGCGCGCCCGCAGCCGCAGUCGCAGCCCAGAGGCCAUCCGCCAGCGCGUGAACCUCGCGACGGCGUCUCGCCAGCCGCAGCAGCAGGCCCGCACCACCACCCCUCCACAGGUCACCAGUAAGAAAGGACCUCAGGGAAUCGCCCUGGACACGUCGGCCAGGAAGGAUCUCAAGGGCACGGGCGGCACGCAGCUCAUGUCGUUCCUCAAGCAGGCCAGGGACGAGACCGGCGACCCGGCGGUUUCGGACUGGGCCAGGAGAUUCAUGAGUCGCCUGCCCCGCAGGGAGGGACGAGGCGAUUUCUUCCUGGGCAAGGAGGAACUGCCUGUCGAGGAGGUCGAGGUAGCUGGGCUGGCGGGCACCUGGACGAUGGAGGAUGACUUUGGUGGGAUUUGUAUCACUGGGUGAUCAUUCUCAUGUGCCAUUGGAUGCGCGUACACAAAUAUCAGACCAAGACAGGCAGAAGAAGAAGAAAAGAAGAAACAAGAACUGUCGUGCCUGUUCAGUUUAGUGGCACUUG